UGUCAGACAGAACUGCAGCUGAACACAAUAACAAUAUGAAAUUGCUGUAUUUUAGUGUUGUGUUAUUGGCCAGUUUGAGCCAUGUCUUCAGUUACUCUUAUCUAAUGGUAUUGCCAACGGGAGCCAAGUCUCAUUUUUAUGUGGGGCAAGCUCUGGCUAAAGGAUUGGUGGCAGCAGGACAUGAGGUCACCUUUGCGUCGGCAUUUCCACAAAAAAAACCUAUUAAGAACUUACUGGAUAUUUCCCUGGUUAACAUUAUACCUGUAAUGGAUGUACACAAGUCUAGAAUUUUGGAGAGUUCGAAGAAAUCUAUAAUACAGCGAACUCCCCUUUUGCAUGCCUUGGGUCUAAAGAUGACAAAAACUUUGCUAGAGGAGCCAUCGGUGGAGACUCUAUUAAAAGAGAAUCGCACCUACGAUGCUGUCAUCUGUGAGGUAUUCAUGAACGAGGCUCACUUUGGAUUCGCCGAACAUUUUCAAGCACCUCUGAUUGGACUCGCUACCUUUGGUGCCUCGUCUUGGACUACUGAUUUGGUCGGCACGCCCUCGCCGCCCUCGUAUGUGCCACACUUUUUGCUGCCCCUUAGCGAUCACAUGAGCUUCUUCGAGCGUGCUCUCAACCUGCUGUUCACAGCCUAUGAUCUCGUCUAUCAGAAGUUCUUUUACUUGCCACAGCAGGAGCAGCUCUAUAAGAAACAUUUCCCACACAACAAACAGAACUUUUAUGACAUGCGCACAAACACCGCGCUGGUACUGCUAAACAAUCAUGUUUCUCUUAGCUUCCCUCGUCCCUAUGCACCUAACAUGGUCGAGGUGGGGGGCAUGCAUGUCCAGCGGCAGCAAAGGACACUCCCUCAGGACAUCGAAGGGUUCAUUAAAGGGGCCAAACACGGCGUCAUCUACUUUUCAAUGGGAUCAAACUUGAAAAGCGCGGAUUUUCCACAGCAAAAGCGUGAAGCACUUAUUUCUACCUUCCGCGGUCUCAAGCAACGCGUCCUGUGGAAAUUCGAGGAUUCCAAUCUACCAGGCAAGCCGGAGAAUGUGUUUAUCUCGGACUGGUUCCCACAGGAUGACAUAUUGGCGCAUGAGAAUGUCAAAUUAUUUAUCACACACGGCGGCCUGCUGAGCACCACUGAGUCCAUAUAUCAUGGUAAACCCAUUGUAGGCAUUCCAAUUUUUGGUGAUCAGCAUAUGAAUAUGGCACGUGCCCAGCAGUCUGGCUUUGGAAUCACAGUCCGAUUUGACCAACUAUCAACUGAAACUCUACGGAAUGCUAUACACAGAGUUAUCAAUGAUCCCAGUUACACACGGCAAGCUCAUGCCAUGUCCGUGAGGUUCAGGGAUCAGCACGAAACGCCCCUGGAACGGGCUGUCUACUGGGUGGAGCAUGUGACCAGACAGAAGGGUGCCAAGUAUUUGCGAAGUGCUGCUCAGGAUUUAAGUUUCAUAGAGUAUCAUAAUCUAGAUGUCUUAGCUAUGAUCUUUGGUGGCAUAGGUUUCAUUUUGUUUGCUAUAUUUUACCUUUUGGUGUCUCUAUUUAAACUCAUCAGAUGCAAACUAAGUGAAGGUCAAGAAAAGCCAAAGAAGUUGAAACGUAAUUAAUUCUUAUUAUUUUAUGUAAUUAAUUUAAGCUAUUUUGAUAAGGGUAUUAGGGUAUUAAACAGUCGAUCAUUCUCUAUCGUGUCUUUCUCACGUGUUGUUGGUUUGAACAGUAAAUACAGAACAGUAAAUCUGUUUAGCCUCUCUU